AAUGAGGAAUUGUCAGUAAGAUGCACGUUCCACUUCGAAUGUAAGAAUAUAACCAAGUGGUAGAAAAACAGAGCUUGACAACGGCAGUUGCAGCAACAACUCGAUGAGAUGUCUUCACAUGCCCAAGGUCGGCACAGUCGUCGGUGAGCGGCCUACCUGCUGGUUUGGCAGCAUCGAGGGCAUCAGACAUGUGUAAGAGGAUAAAGAUUGCGGCGACUCAACUGGCACUGGCUGUCCCCGCGCUUUCGGGGGUUUAAAAACCGUGUAAGGUUGAUGAGGAACAGAAGCAGAAGAGGGUUGUUGUGGACACUCCAUCCUCAAACACACCUACACUUGCUGGGACUGAGGCUGGCUGUUGUGUCACGUCUCCUUUGUCUCGGCCCGAAAAGCUGCACUUGAGCACACAUCAGAGAGUAGAGCUACCCCUCUGCUGAUACGCAAACCCUUGCUACGAUUGUGCAGCAAUUGCUUGUCACCACACUCACUAAUGUAGCCGCACUUAAUGGAGAAUGUGUCCGAUAUAAAAGCUGGAGUCACCGCACUAAAUGGGUGGAAUCAUGGAUACUACCGGGGGGCGGAUACUGCACUGAUCCACUCACCUGAAAAGUCAAUCACAGUGAUUUCUCUCACCAACGAGCUGCUGCUGAUUCUACAUGCCAAAUCGGCUGUGUGACAUUGAGGCCUGGCGUGUAGGGUGCCUUAAUAAAUGCUGAAGCUCACUAGAUCCAAGAUCUGCCCACCACUGAUCGGGUCCUCUGACCAAUCAGCAUGAGUCACUGCUCCAGCAACAGCAGCAUGUUGUCGGUGGAGUUAUCUUUCGGGGUCUUUUUUGAAAAGAAAUCCUUGAGCUCUGACACGGUGAACGAAUGUCCUGACUACCGCACGGCCGGAGAGAACUCCUGCUUCUUUAACAAGAACGACACGUCCAUCUGGGUCAACUACAACAUCACCGUGGUGGCCACCAACGCGCUGGGAAGCACCUUCUCCGACCCCGUGGAUAUAGACGUGGUGUACAUCGUCAAGCCCAAUCCUCCAGAGCAGGUAGCCGUCACUGUGAUGGAGGACAAGGGCUGGCCCUUCAUCCGGGUGUCAUGGGAGCCGCCGCAUAAGGCCGACACCCGCUCCGGUUGGAUCACGCUCAUCUACGAGAUCCGCGUCAAGUUGGAGGAGGAAAACGACUGGGAGAUGCACCUCGCCGGCCAGCAGAAGAUGUUUAACAUCUUCAGCCUGCGGUCAGGCGGCACGUACCUCGUUCAGGUGCGCUGUAAGCCCGAUCACGGCUUCUGGAGCGAGUGGAGUUCCUCUUCCUACGUCAAAGUCCCCGACUAUUUCCAUCGGGAGAAGUCCGUGUGGAUCCUCAUCACGGUCUUCUGUGCCUUCAUCUUCCUCAUCGUCACCUGGUUGCUACACAUGAACAGCCGCAGUCUGAAGCAUUUUAUCCUGCCACCAGUCCCUGGUCCUAAAAUCAAAGGAUUUGAUAAGCAGCUGCUCAAGAACGGCAAGUCUGAGGAGGUCUUCAGUGCACUGGUGGUGUCUGACUUCCCCCUGAAGUCAUCUAACUACGAGGACUUGCUGGUGGAGUACUUAGAAGUGUAUAUCCCCGAGGAGCAGGAGCUGAUGCUGGAGAAAAGCAUGGAUCUGGACGUCAGUUGCCUGAAAUCUGAGGGAUCCACGUCCGACAGCGACUCCGGCCGGGGCAGCUGCGACAGUCAUACUCUGCUGAUGCAUAAGUGUGAUGGGGUAAAAGAAGGAGAAGAGAGGCAAGCGGAGGAGGCACGGAGGCAUCAGAAGGACUGGAAGGAAGAAGCCUCGACCUACUCUAAUGUAGACAGCAGCCCUGACAUGUCCAGUGGCAGGGUGAAGACCUGGCCGUCUGUGUUUUCACCGCUACCCCGGUACAGCUCCAACCAGCAGGGCUCACUCGAGAUGGCCAAACAGCACUAUCUCUCCGACAGCCUUUUCCGCCCGAGCUCCACGUCCUCCUGCCACACCCAGCCCGGCCACGGCGCCACAGAGGCUCUCGGGCCGAGCUACUGGGAGUGUGGCCUGAGCAACAAGCAGCCUCACCUGCUCCACCCCGAGGGGCAGGCUCAGAGGCAGCUCCAGGCCCACAGCGACGACAACAUCUCCAGCAUCGGCCGCAAGCCGACGCCUGCUGGGCUGCCCUCGCCCGCUCUCCGGUCCACCGAGUACGUGGAGGUCCAGAGGGUCAACGAGGAGGAUAUGGUGCUUCUCCAGCCUGUGUCAGGCCGAUGUGGCGACGUGGAGGGCUACCCCCAGGCCCCCCACGGAGAGGACUACAGCAAGGUGAAGGGGGUGGACGGGGACAACAUGCUGCUGCUCCAGAGAGAGGUGAGAGAGGAGACAGGGAACUGUGACACGCCGUCCACAGUUACCACAACACAGAAGCCUACAGCCUGCAUUCACUCUGCCAUGCCGGUCCAGGGCGAAGCGGUCCUGGGAGUGAACGGUUACGUUGACACUGCCACCGUUUGCACACUGCCUACCUACUAGGUGCCCCAACCGGCAGGUCUGGGACAUUGCAAGACCUGUUUGAGGACGGGAACCAGACGAAAAAACACUAACACUGGACGUGAAAAAGUGGUCGCAAAGACAAUACGCCGCUGUCACAGAAUUACAGUUAUUUAUCUUUCAUCCUCUUCUCGUGUGAGAAAGAUACUUUCACCGACUGCACAGCGGUGAUGCUCUGACUUUGAGAAUCCAAAAGCAUUUGAAUGAUCUGAAAAACACUCUCUACUCAGCGUGUGAUCGAUUGUACAAAUUAUUUGGUAUUUCAUGCUGUUUGCUCUUUCUCCGUCACAGGCACAACUUUUCAUGUGGUGUACUUUUAUAUUGAAAAAUGUAUUUAUCUAUACUGUUGGAAAAUUAUUUAUGUAAUGAUCUUAAUCGCCGAAAGCUCAAACAUCAAAUGUUUGUAUUCUGUGUCAAUUUUUUUAUCUGUGUGUUUUUCUCUGUUCCCUGUAGAACACUUAAAGCAAGUAGUGCAGGAGGGAAGUGGUUGAGGGGGCUGCAGCACCCCCUGCUGGCCAGGACAAAAACAUUCAUCAACAUUACCUUUUCAAAUAAUACUUCUAAUGAUAAAUGAAAGAGUAAAUAAAUACUACUGUAACAGUUUCCGUUCGAGUGCUCCUGGAUGCACAGUUUUGCUGUUGUAGCAGUAUGAAGAAAUGUGUUUAUUAUCUGCUGAAACAUACCUGCAUCAGGAAACAACCUGAGACAGCAGAGACAUGGGCGGUCAGCCACAGUCAGGGGUGCGUUAAUGGUGUGUGACAUGGUUUUUGUAUUCACUUGGACAGCCGUGAUGAAUUACAGCUAAUUGUUAUUAACAGUGAUUUACAACAAUUUCAGAUUUUUGCUGCUUUGAUCGAUUAAAUGGUAUAAUAAGAAUGUAACAUUUGAUUUUCUUGAUGGGAAGAUGGUGUCAUGAUAUGUGCUUAUGGCUACGUGCAACAACACUACUUUUAAUGUGACUCUAUCGCUCAAGAGUGAUUCACGUCAGUGGCUUUGUUUUGCCAUAUUUUUUUUCUUUCCUCUUCUGUGUGUACUGUAUCAGUCUCCAUGUAUGGCUUUGUAAACAGCAGCCAAACAUACACACACUGCAAUUUUCACACAUAAAUCAAACCUUUAAAAAGAAAAAAAAAUCCUGCUUAUAAUACAGUUCAUAUGAAAGAAAUGGUAUGUGGAUGAUUAUUUUGUGUCUGCUAGUAUCUUGAUGAUUACCUGUUAUGAUUACAUGUGCAGUCAUCUAUAAUGAGGCGAAAAUGAAAAAUAAACACUCUGACCUGUGAUUGGUCAGCAACCUCCUGUUCUACUGACA